CCUCCCUUCGCUUGCUCUCUUCCUGAAUUCCUUUCCAAACCCAACGAGCACCUUUCCUCUCACUCUAGGACUCUUCUCACCGCUAAGAACCACCUCGCCACCCCCACCCAUGCAGCCGAGCGGCCGCGAAAUGCAGGGCGGCGGCGGGCAGGACGACUUCUUCUACCAGAUGCUGUCCAAGCUGCCGUCCGCGUGGUCCGAGCUCAGCUCCGGCAAGUUCUCCUGGGAGCUCCCCGCGGGGGGCUCCGAGGACCCCGCGUUCGACGAGUCCGUGCUCCUCGCCUCCCGCCUCCGCCACCACCAGAUCGGCGGCAGCGGGGACAAGCCUGUCAUGCUCCACCUCAGCGACCUACACGGCAUAGCCGCCGGAGGCGGCGGCGAGGAUGGCGGCGCCGCCGGGUUCGUGCCACUGCCGCUGUUCACCGACAGGUCGCGAGAGGACAUGGACGCCACCUUCAAGUGCCCCAAUGCCGCUGGAGCUGACCAGGCGCUGUACAACGGAUUCGGAGCCUCCGGGAUGCAUGGCGCCGCCACCUUGCAGCCGCCGUUCGGGCAGGGCGGAUCAAUGCUGGCGCAGAGCUUCGGGGGAGGCGCAGCCGCUGGUGGCGGGUCGGCGCCGGCCGCACCGGCUGCCGGGGCGUCGUCAGGCGGAGGGGCGGCGCCACCGCGGCAGCAGCGCGUGCGGGCGAGGAGGGGACAAGCCACGGACCCUCACAGCAUCGCCGAACGUCUUCGCAGGGAGAGGAUAGCUGAGAGGAUGAAGGCGUUGCAGGAGCUGGUCCCUAACGCCAACAAGACCGACAAGGCAUCAAUGCUUGACGAGAUCGUUGAUUAUGUGAAGUUCCUCCAGCUCCAAGUCAAGGUUCUUAGCAUGAGUCGAUUGGGCGGAGCUGCUGCGGUUGGCCCUCUAAUCGCUAACAUGUCAUCAGAGGGUAAUGGGAAUGGAAAUGGUACAAGCAACAGCGGAAACGGCAAUGCUGUCAACAGUAACAGCAACGGUGAAAAUGGUGACAGCAGCCUGCGGGUGACGGAGCAACAAGUGGCCAGGUUGAUGGAGGAGGACAUGGGCUCCGCCAUGCAGUACCUGCAGGGCAAGGGGCUCUGCCUGAUGCCGGUCUCUCUAGCCUCAGCCAUCUCCUCUGCGACCUCGUCGUCCCUCGUAUGCCGCCCCUCCAUCCGCUCAACAGGUGGCGCUGGAGGCCCCCUACACGACGGCGGCAGCCCCGCGUCGCCUCCAUUGGUGAAUGGUGCUGGCGGCGAUGGCUCCCGGGCCAUCAAGGAUGAUGGUGCCGGCGGCAAACAGUGAAGUUGGACGCCAUUUAGUCGGGCAGUGUUCUUGGGAGGUUGUGUAUUCAGAAGGGUGUCUUCUAGGGGUGGAAUUGUGAAAUGGCGCAGCUGGCCUUCUCCGUCCACCUUUCCUGACCCUUUUGUUUGUUUAUAAGAAAUGAUGUUUAAUCAUGCAACCUUUAGUUCCAUCUUUUCAUGUUCUUGUGCAAUAGCUUUUCUGAUCUCUUUACCUCUCCUC